AUGUCGCUGACCAAAUGGCGCGAAGAGCAGGUGCUCAUCAUCUGCCCCGGCAGCCAGACGACCAUGGCGCAGCUGGGGUGUAACGAGCUGACGCCGCCGGCUCGGCGGUUCCCCACGCGCAUGUUCCCCGACACAGAGGAUGACUCGGACAACGAGAAUGAGACGACCAAGACGGUGUUAACGACGACGACGACGACGACGACGGCGAAGACAUGGCGACCGUACCACACAUUCAAACGCACGAGGAUUGUCGACGGCAAGGCCGAGGAUGAGUGGGUGGAGGACGUGGACUCGGACGAGGGGGCCGUGUACCCGCUCCGAGGCGGGCGCAUCGUCAACAUGGCGGCCUUCCUGGCCUUCCUAGACCACGUGCACACGGUCUUGACGGCGACGUACCACAACACGCCCGUCAUGCUCAUGGCGUCGCCGCAGUGGACGCGCCCGGACUGCGAGGCCAUAGCGCAGUACGUGUUCGAGCGCACGCGCACGCCCGCCCUGUGCCUCAUCCACAGCGCCAUCGCCACGCAGUACGGCCUCAAGGUGCCCAACAUGACCGUCGUGGACAUUGGCUACGAGAAGGUGGACGUCACGGCCAUCUAUGACGGUCGAGUCGUCAACAAUGUCCACGUCGGAGCCGGCAACUUCUCAUCUUCUUCUUCCUCUUCUGAUCAGGAGGAUGAGGAGGAUGCCACCAUCAGCGGAGGCCGCGUCUUCACCCGUCGCCUCCACAACCUCCUCCGCUCCAGCGGCUUCACCGCAGAUAUGGCCGAGCAGCUCAAGCGCUCGCCCAUCUGCGAGGUCCUCCCCUACGCCCCGUCGCACAAGUUGCUCAUGGAGCUCCCGGCCGAGGACACAGUCGGCACGAUGGAGUCGGCCAAGACGGAGGAGGCUGCCGCCGCCGCCGCCGCCGUCAGUGCCGGGCCGGAGGUCACCGCCGCUCCUGCCAACCCCGCUGCUGCCGAUGAGCAGAAUGGAGUCUCUGCUGCCAACGGUAGCGCUGCUGCUGCUGCUGCUGUUGGUGAUGGUGGUGAUGGUGGUAUUGAGACGGUCGAGAACGAUGAGGGCGUCCUGGAUGUCGCCAGCAUCGUCACCAGCGGCCAGACAAAGGAGUUCCUCGCAAAGAGGGAGAAGGAGAAGGCCGCGGAGAAGAAGGCCGGCGGCGAGUCGGUCGCUUCAAAGGCCGCCAGACUGCCAAACUCUAAGAGGACGCAUAACUCAUUCUCCUACGAGGAGAUCGUGCAGGAGGAGGUGCCCAAGGCCGUGGUUGUGCCAGUUGUCGUCACCGCCACCGCCACGGCUGAAGAACCGGCGCCGACGACGGCGGGAGACAAGCAGUCCAAGCUCGAGGGCAAGCCUGAAGAGGGCAGCGGCGCCGAGCCCAAGCCUAGCCCGACAGAAGGGCAGACCGAGGAGCAGAAGAAGAAGGAUCAGGAAGGGGUGGGGGAGGGAGAGGAUACCGAUGCUGGCGCUGGUGCCGAUACCAAACGCCCGGCAGAAGGGGAGGUACCGACGGCAGCAGCACCAGAAGCGACGUCUGAUGUCCCCACAGAGACGCGUCCCAAGCGUGUCCGUCGCGACAUCGAGGUUGGCCCGGAACGCUUCGCCUUCGCCGACCGCCAGGAGAUUGACCGCAUCGUCGGGGCAAUCUACCACGCCAUCCAGGGCAUAGACGACAUGUACAUGCGCCCCUCCUGCUGGGAGAACCUGGUCUUCGUCGGCAACGGCGCCCGCCUGCGCGGCCUGAGGGAGAACAUACUCCAGACCCUCAACGCCCGACACCUGGUGUCCCCCUCCACCGCCACAAUCUUCACCUCGGAGCUGCCGUCCAACGUCGCCACCCCGACCGGCACCGGCUCCCAGACCCCUACGACCGGCACCGCCGUCGCCCCCGGCGGUCCCAACCCUCUCCUCCAGGCGGCCACCACGGCCAACGCAGCCGCCGCCUCCACCGCCGUCGCCGUCAACGCGGCCGGCAGCGAGAAUGGGGCUUCCGCCGCCGCCGCCGCACCCGUCGCCACCCACCACUUCCACAGCCAGACUCCGACCGCCAUCAAGACCGUCGCCCUGCCUACCUAUCUGCAAGAGUGGUCCAAGAAUGGCUUCGAGGAGGCCAUGUUCCUCGGCGCACAGGUCGCCUCCCGCAUCGUUUUCUGCCUGCACUCCAAUAUGGAUGCUCAGAGUGUCGAGGCUCAGAGGAUGGCUAGCCUGAGUCGCGUCGAUUACAAGUAUGCCCUUUCUUCACCACCCUUGUUUGUUUCUCUUUACCUUGCGCCGGAUGCCGCGUCACAGACGCCCCUCUACAAGAAAUAUUAUACUGACUCUUUCUUUCUUUUUUUCUUCUCUAGUGAGCUCGGCCCCAAGGGUAUUAGGAACCACUCUAUGCUAGGGUAG